ACUUGAAACGUUUGACCCAAGUUAAACAAUUUAAAGGCAAUGCUAUCAAAUACUAAUUGAGUGUGUGUAAACUUCUGACCUAAAUAAAAAAGUAAACAUGGGCAAUUAAUUACAUCAUUUUUUUCACAUGGUUGGGGUGCCAGAAUUUCAGAUAUCAAAAUGGUGUCAUGGGCCAAAGAAGUUUGGAUGGCAUGCAGUAAACCCCUGGGGCUUCCACAAAGUCAAAUUGGCAUAUCGUAACAAGUCAUGAAAACAAACAUUUGCUUUUUGGUCAUAAUUCAAGGUUAGGGUUAGCAGUGUGAUUACGGUUAGAGUUUAAAAUCACAUUUUAAGAAGAUAAAUUGUAGAAAUAUAAUGAGUUUGUGACUGUGGUACCUAGUGACGACCAACAUGCAGGAACGGCCCGAAUAGGCCCACAGUUCACUUUCUUGAAGCUGGGGGGCAAUGUUGAGUCGAUUUAGAAUAUGGGGUUUCCAUGGAAAUAGGGGAACGCUGACUUCUCGCUCAGCAGACAGUAAGGUGUCAAACAAACAAUCAUCAGCUCUUUUGUGAAGUUUUAGCUAGCCAACAUGGGUAAGAAGAAGUCAUCAGAUGAAGACAAAACUACGUUGGCGGAGGCCUUUAUCAAUUUUCAGCUCCAAGUUAAGAGAAAGGAAAUACAUGAGUGCCAGGAGGAGGUCAGUCAACUCGAGACAAAGAAGCAAAGAUACACAGAAUUGAGGGAGCAGUUGAAAGAGGAGCAGUUGGGGCACAUCAAGGUCUUGCGGAAGCAGGCUAAAGAACAGGAGAGUAAGCUGGAGCAGAGAGAGGUGGUCAACAAAGAGCAGGUGGAGCAAGCUCUGCAGCAGAACUUGGAGCUAGUCCGCAUCCAGGAGAAAGAACUGGCAGAGCUGCGCGCUGAAGUCAUCCGCCUGGAGGAGGAAGUGCUCGUCUUGCAGGCCGAGAGGCACAUCAGGCAGGAGUAUAAGAUGGCCGGAAGCCAAGAGCACCAGCAGCAGAUUCAGCACCUGGAGGCUGAGCUGGCUCAGAUGCAGAAGGGGUUUCAGGAGAUGGCAGACAACAUUCAGCGCUCUCUUGAUGUAACUUUCAAUGAAAUUGACAAGAAGACAGUGCAUCUCAUAGAUGACAAAAAACAACUGGCUACAGAGAGCGCCAUCAAACACCUUGACAAGCACAGCCGACAGGAGAUGAAAGAGAAUGAGUGGCUGAAGAGAGAGCUUGCUAUUUACACAAGAGAGGUAUCCAUUACAGCAUUGGCCGUCCAACAACUGGAGGAGGAGAAUCUUGAGCACAUGGGUCAACUGUUUGAGCGUCGCCUGGAGGACCUGCAAAUCUCUAGAAACGUCUUCCUGACUCAGGCGGCAGGCCUGGGACCCUCUGACUCCACAGUACAGGAGACCAUUAUGAAGAACGGGGUAAGCAGCAGCCCCGUACCUCCCCUCCACCCAGCAACAGAAGCAUGGCGGGCUCAAAAGCAGGCCAAAGAGUUGGAGAGGGAUGAAACAAGUGGCAGCUGCAGUGAGGCAGCCUACAGGCCAACAGAGGACCCCCUUCAGGACCUCAGUGUGCUUCUGUACGGCAGCCAGACCUACCUGCAGCAGGGAGACAUGCACCUGGGCCCUCUGGAGAUGAAGCUGCUGACCGUGGUGGGCCAGGCUCUUCCCCUGCACCCUGUGCCAUCCGAGACCCCUGGCUCCAAAGGCGGCUCCUCAGCUCCAGAGACGCUCCAGGCUCCCGAAGACUGGCCCCUCACUGCCCGCAUCAUCCACAAAAGGUUCAAGUAGCCAGGCCCAAGCACUAAUACACACACACACUUGUAAAUCUAGCAUUGGCCUCAUGUUGGGAUCAGAGACAUAUUACCAUUAAACCUGAAAUGAUACUACAAACUCAAGGGUCUAAGAAUAUAUUCUUAAGCAACAAUUGUGCCACAUGAUGCUUCACAGGUUUAAAGUAGCUCAGAGUAGAAGUAUUGAACUAGGUUCUGUCCAUAUAAAUCUUAUUUAUUAAGAUCUAUAAAACAGACUCACAUGUAACUGAUGUUAAAAUGUGGAUACAGACCCAGGUUAUAACCCGGGGGAAUUAGUGAUUCACUUGUCUUACUCUUCACCACAAACCUUUACCUCAUUUAUACCCAAAUGGGUAUAAUGCCCCCCCAACAAACUCAAGAUACUCAAAUCACCCACAAACAAAAGAUACUGUUGCAAAACACUUUAUUGAAAAACAAAAAAAAACAAUCUACCAAAUUCUGCAUACAUUUAUUUAUAUAUUUAAUAUAAACAAAAAUAUAAAUCUGCAGGUACAAUGCAGUUAAAAUGCUAAUUUGAUGAAUAGAAUAACCUUCAUGUUCUGACCAUCCUGCACAUGUCCCACCCACCCACAUGAUGGAAAGGAUCCAUUUUAUAUACACAAAGCACCGAUCAACAGUGCCUUAUUUCCCCCCCCCCUGCUCAACUGGAUCCUACUGCUCAUUUAACAUACUUUCUUUUUUUGAGUGAUCUUGUAUGGCUUAAUAGACCAAUAGAAUAGUCCCAAAACUGCUAACUCAGCCCUUCUGGCACUCUAGACAAGCUAGAGCAAACAAAGUAUUUAAAAGAUUUCAAGUAGUAUUUCAACCCAGAUCUGACACUUAGAGCUGACCAGUGACAUCCACAGCUCUUUCCCCUGCCUCCUGUGACCACCUCCUUUCCCCCAACCCCAAUGCUGGUCUAUGUAAAGAUGGCCUGAGCAUGAAGGACACUCUGCACAUUCAUUUUGGAAAGGCAGCCAUAGAAUUGUUCCAUGUAAAAUAAAUUACAUGCCAAGUGUAAAGCAUAAAAUGUGGAUCGUUCCCAACGCAAUGCCGGCAAAUCACAAAUGUAGUGCUUUGCUAGUGAGUGAAUGUUCCCUUAAGAGAAAAAAAA